UUAUUGCCUUUUGUUUCUGUGCCUUCCUAUCUGCAAUUGUCCAUGUCUGCUGCUUCUUCUGCUCCCUUUCCUCAGUACCUGCAAAUGGAGGAGGAAUCAUACUUUGAAACUCUUGUUAUUAUUUGAUUCUCUAUCUCUAACCCUCCCUCUCUUUCUCUCUCCCUAUCUCUAUCUUUUAGCAUUUUGGCUUGGUAUCCUCAUCAUCAUCAUCAUCAUCUCCAACCAUGACUUUUCUUCUUGUUUCUACUCAUCUUAUUCCACCCUUCUCCUGUUUUGCUUUCUGGGUUGUGGGUACUCCCUAAAAAUUUGAACUUUGUUAGCCAUGAUUUGACCCCAUUUCGCUAUUCUUCUCAGUUUUUAGUUUUCUGGGUGUUUCUAGUUUGAAUUCCUUUCCUUUUUCCCCAAAGAGAAAAUUUCCUGUUUUAUGGGAGUUUUUGUUUCGUGGGUUUUGGUUAUCAUGUUGGGUUGAAUAAAAAAUUUUAUUGUCUGCAAGAACCCACAUAGGGGGUGGGGGGGGAAGGUGUGUUCAUGGAAAUUGAUCUGAACUAUGCAGCGACAGAGGUGGUGGAGAAGAGUAAUACAAAUGUUCCUUGUAAUGGGGACUGUCACAAGGCCAGUGGGUGUGUUAGCUGCUGUUUGACUUCUUCAUCAUCUUCUUCUUCCUCUUCCAAUUCAUCUUCAGCUCCUGGUUCUUCUUCACCUUCUUCAAUUUACUUGGAGCUUUGGCAUGCCUGCGCUGGUCCUCUUACUUCGCUGCCCAAGAAAGGGAAUGUGGUUGUUUACGUCCCUCAAGGCCAUUUAGAACAGGCUGCUGCUGCUGCCUCUGCAUCUCCUUUCUCCACCAUGGAAAUGCCCACCUUUGAUCUCAAUCCCCAAAUCUUUUGCAGGGUUGUUAAUGUCCAACUCCUUGCCAAUAAGGAGAACGAUGAGGUAUACACGCAGGUUACUUUGCUUCCUCAACCAGAGUUUGUAGGGCUGAAUUCAGAGGGCAAAGAGGCUGCAGAAUUGGGACUGGAAGAAGAAGGAAGAGGAGGGUCACUUACAAAAUCAACCCCUCACAUGUUCUGCAAAACACUAACAGCUUCUGAUACUAGCACUCAUGGUGGAUUCUCUGUCCCUCGUAGAGCUGCUGAAGACUGUUUCCCUCCUCUGGACUAUAAGCAGCAGAGACCCUCUCAAGAGCUUGUGGCCAAGGACCUUCAUGGAGUAGAGUGGAGAUUUAGGCAUAUAUAUAGAGGUCAACCAAGGAGGCACCUGCUCACUACUGGAUGGAGUAUUUUUGUAAGUCAAAAGAAUCUUGCUUCGGGCGAUGCUGUGCUCUUUUUGAGGGGCGAAGAUGGAGAGCUAAGGUUGGGAAUUAGAAGAGCUGCUCGACCAAGAAAUGGACUUCCUGAUGCAAUUAUUGCAAAGCAGAAUUCUUAUCCCAGUAUUCUUUCUCUCGUGGCUAAUGCAGUAUCCACCAAGAGCAUGUUUCAUGUUUUCUACAGUCCUCGGGCUAGUCAUGCGGAAUUUGUUAUACCCUACCAAAAGUAUAUCAAAAGCAUCACCAGUCCAAUAUGUAUUGGGACAAGAUUCAGAAUGAAAUUUGAGAUGGAAGAUUCGCCCGAAAGAAGAUGCAGUGGCGUAGUGAUUGGAAUUGGUGACUUGGAUCCACAUAGAUGGCCUAACUCGAAAUGGAGGUGUUUGAUGGUUAGAUGGGAUGAAGACAUGGUGAGUGAUCACCAUGAACGAGUUUCACCAUGGGAAAUUGAUCCUUCUGUUUCUCUUCAACCCUUGAGUAUUCAGUCUUCUCCAAGGCUGAAGAAACUGCGUACAGGAAUGCAGGCAACUCCACCUGACAAUCCUGUAACCGCAGGAGGAGGUGGUUUUUUGGACUUUGAGGAGUCUGUGAGACCCUCUAAGGUCUUGCAAGGUCAAGAAAAUGUAGGUUUCGUAUCACCCUUGUACGGAUGUGAUACUGUGAACCGCUCGCUGGAUUUUGAUCUGCAAUCCAAUGCACAUCAAAGUCUUGCGUCAACCAGAACAGAAAAUUCUAAAAUCAGUGAAUUUAUGAGGGCUCAGCCCCAAACUUACGCAAGCUUUGCAGAAUCCAAUAGGUUUCCUGGGGUCUUGCAAGGUCAAGAAAUUUGUCCAUUUAGGUCUCUGAGACAAAAUGCUGACUACAAUAUUGGUUCAUGGGGAAAGUCAAAUCUCAAUUUCAACUCUUUCAAUAUCUAUCAAGCAACCAAACCCAGUCUCUAUCCGCUAGCUUCAGAAGGCCCUCGAAAUAUAUACUUUCCUUAUGGUGGCAUAUAUAGAGCCGGCCAAGAUCCUAUGAUCCGACCUUAUGCAACUAACUUCCCAAGAGAGAGUGUUACAUUUGCAACAUCUUCAAUUCAGAAUCGGAUAAUUGGGGAUGGAAUUAGAAACCCAAGUCUUCUGAAAGAGCAUAAGCCACCGGAAAAUAUCCCUACUGCAUCUUCUUUCAAGACAAAUAUCGGAUGUCAAAAGGAAGAAGGCUUUAAUGGGACUGGAUGUAAACUUUUCGGAUUCUCCCUAACUGGAGAAACAGCAACUUCGAACCCUCAAAGCUCUGGCAAAAGGAGUUGUACAAAGGUUAGCAAGCAAGGUAGCUUGGUUCGAAGGGCUAUCGAUCUCUCAAGAUUAAACGGGUAUGAUGAACUGUUGAAUGAACUUGAGCGCCUGUUUAGCAUGGAAGGGCUUUUACGAGAUCCUGAUAAAGGAUGGAGGGUCUUGUACACUGACAGUGAGAACGAUGUGAUGGUCGUUGGCGAUGAUCCAUGGCAUGAAUUCUGUGAUGUGGUGUCCAAGAUCCACAUAUACACCAAAGAAGAAGUGGAGAAGAUGACUCUGGGCGUGAUCAAUGAUGACACGCAGAGUUGUCUGGAGCAAGCACCGGUCAUAAUGGAAGCAUCAAAAUCUUCCUCAGUGGGUCAACCAGACUCUUCCCCAACCGUAAUUAGGGUUUGAAACUACUAAAAAUAAUGGUUUCUUUCCUGGGCAGUAUGUUUGCAGAUCUGCGUGUACAACCUAUUACUUGUGUGAAUCUAGAUGCCCCGUCUUUGGUCUGUUUAGUUUGUCAGUUGACGUUAGAGCAUGAUGGAAGGUAGUUUGUUUAAGACCAUGUUUGUUUCUUUGUUUUCUCUUUGCUCCUCCAAAAAAACUAAUCUAGUGUUUGUAUUAAUUGUUGUGUAGAACAACAACAUUUGUGUGAGACUAAUCUUAUUUUACCUCUGUGUAGUGCUUUUAUCUUUGUGGUUUC